AUGUCUCUGCUGCUGGCCACCCUGCUGCUCCUCCUCUCCACCCACAGCGUCCUGGCCCUGAGGAUCUGCUCCUUUAAUGUGAGGUCCUUUGGGAAAUCCAAGAAGGCAAACUGUAAUGCCAUGGAUGUCAUUGUGAAGGUCAUCAAACGCUGUGACAUCAUACUCCUGAUGGAAAUCAAGGACAGCAACAACAUAAUCGGUCCCACACUGCUGGAGAGACUGAACGGAAACUCAAGAAGAGGCAAAACAUAUAACUAUGUGAUUAGCUCUCGUCUUGGAAGAAACACAUACAAAGAACAGUAUGCCUUUCUCUAUAAGGAAAAGCUAGUGUCUGUGAAAGCAAGCUACCUCUACCAUGACUACCAGGCUGGCGAUGCAGAUGUAUUUUCCAGGGAACCCUUUGUGGUCUGGUUCCAGUCACCCCACACUGCUGUCAAGGACUUCGUGAUUGUUCCCCUGCACACCACCCCUGAGACAUCCGUUAAAGAGAUUGACAAGCUGGCUGAUGUCUAUACGGAUGUGAAACGUCGCUGGAAGGCGGAGAAUUUCAUUUUCAUGGGUGACUUCAAUGCCGGCUGCAGCUACGUCCCCAGGAAGGCCUGGAAGAACAUCCGCCUGAGGACCGACCCCAAGUUCAUUUGGCUGAUCGGGGACCAAGAGGAUACCACGAUCAAGAAGAGCACAAACUGUGCCUAUGACAGGAUCGUGCUUAGAGGACAAGAGAUCGUCACCUCUGUUGUCCCUCAAUCAAACAGCAUCUUUGACUUCCAGAAAGCUUACGGGUUGACUGAAGAGAAGGCCCUGGAUGUCAGCGACCACUUUCCAGUUGAAUUUAAACUUCAGUCUUCAAGGGCCUUCACCAACAGCAAAGAAUCUGUCUCUCCAAAGAAGAAAAAAAAGACCAGUCGCGCCUAG